AUGCGUCAAAAACAGGACAUCAAGAAAUGGUAUGCGCUUCAAUCAUCCAGCUUUCCUUCUCAUCAGUCAGAUCGCGCAUUUAGUCCGACUAGGGCCGACCAAACUCCGCCCAAGAGAACUUCGAACUCUGUUGCUGGGAAGUUAACGCCUCAGGCCAGCCAGACGAGCACCAGCUCAGAGGAUCCAGAGGAGUCAGAGGAGUCAGAGGAGUCAGGGGAGUCAGAAGAAUCAGAGGAGUCAGAGGGAACUCUAAGAAGAAGCGGCAAAACCUCGAUAAAACCUGCGAUUGAUGCGGCGACGGGGGACGGUCAAAGAAUACCCGACAACAACGCCAUUGCCGAUGCCGCCCGCUACGCUAUUCGUCAAGCUAAACGGUCGAUAAACACUUCCCCAAUCCCCAUGAUGAAGGCUAUUGCCAAGGAAGCCCGCGCUCAACUCUCUUACGCAAACGAAAUGCGGAAAUUGGGCCUGCGAGGUCCAGAUUGGACAUCCAAGAGAGAGAUUCUUGAGGAAAUCAUUUAUUUGGCGGAUAGUGAGGUACAGGGCCUCAUGUAUGAGAACCUGCGGAGGCGCACGAAUCCCGAUGGGCCAGAAGGCUUCUUGUUUGUUCCGGUUCCAGGCCGACCAGGGUGGAUGCGUUCGAACUUCGGAUCAAGUAUCCCUAGGACCUCUGGUGGCUCCAGUCGUGGUGUCCAGAAGAAAGCUGCGGAUGGACAGGCAGAGACCGCAUCGGCAACCGCUGCUCCGGCACCCAGUGUAGCCGGGUCAUCGUCGCGGAGAUCUGGACCACCGCCGAAUGUGGAAGUGAUUGAGAUCGAAGACGACUAG